AUGUAUGGAGGAGCUCUUCCUGUUGCCAAGAGCAGUAAGACAAAGAGCAAAGCCUUAUCCAAGGAAGAUUACUUGGUAGAAGAAGCUCCAAGAAAAUCUUCUAAGAGAUCAAAAAAUGCUGAUAAGGAUGGUGUUGCAGCACCUAAACCCAAGAGAGCUAAAACUAUCAAGACUGAAAGUUCGACUGUUUCUGCUUCUGAGGAAGUUAUUCAGAAGAAGAGAAACAAAGAGCCAGAGGUUCACGAUGCUGCUAGGGAAGCUGCUCUUCAAGCUAUCAGAAGCAGAAGAGCUAAGGAAGAAAGAAGUGUUCAGGAGCGAAUCAAGGAAGCUGCUGAACAGUUAAGAAGGGAAGAAGAGGAGCCUAGUCUGAAGAAGGCUAAGAAGCCUGUGUCAUUGGAGACACCUUGCUUUAGACUCACCCCUGAGCAAGAACAAAUGGCUAAGGAAGUUGCUAAAGCUGCUGUGAUUGCUUCUCUAGCUGCUGAACUUGAAGAACAAACAGUUAAGGAAGGAACUGCUUUGUUAAAAGAAGCACUGAAAGGUAAGAACGUUUCAGAAGCAAAACCUUCAGAACCAGCAUCAGAAGCUACUAGAUCAGAAGCUCAUCCUUCAGGUAUUUCUUCAGAUCCAAAAGCUCAAUUCAAUGUUCAGACUUCUAACCUUCCAUCAUCACCCUCAUCAUCAUCCUCCACUGACUCAGAUGACAUUCCUCUGAGUCAGUACAUAAAACAAUGUCUACCAAACUUCAAACCUUCAAAAACAACCCCUUCUGAUAUCCUAGACUAUGAUCAAAUGCAGAUCAAUUUCUCUAAACAGAGGAUAAAAAUCUGUGAGAAAUUGCCUGCUGAUCAUUUCUUCCAACCACCUAUCAUCGAACCGUUAAAUAUCCAACACCUAGAAACCAAUCCAGCACCACAAAAAACCUCUGAAGUAGCUUCAGAAGAAGUCACUUCAGAAGACCCCCAACAACAUCAAACCUCAACCCUUCAUAACCUAGAAAAACACUUAGGAGAUGAGAUGCAACCAACCCCUACAAAGGCCUCUAAAACAGUCCUUGAAAAGACUGUCUUAGAAAAUCAACAAUCAAACCCCCAACCUGAAACCUCAACCAUCCAAGAGCAAAAUGUUCCUGAACAAACUGUUCCUGAACAAGUUGCCUCUGACCUACCCCAAACUAAUCUUGAACAACAAACAGAAAAUCUUAACCAAUCACCAACUCAUAAUGAAACUAUUCCUGAACAACACACUACUUCUGACCAACCAUCUCCAUCUCAUACAACAUCCAUUCCAGAACCUUUACCCAUUCCAGAACCUAUACCCAUUCUAUAUAACAUUCUAGAGUCUGAAUUCAUUGAUGAAGAGCUUCAAAGGAUCAGUGAUGAAAUUCAAGGACUUAUUCUUCUUAGAAAAGUGCCUUCACUUUCAAUUCACUAUGAAGAUCAAUGGAUGAAUCUGAAAGCUGAUUUGAAGAAAGAUUUUGCUGAGUUGCUGGAUCUAAUAAGUGAAAAAUGCAUAACAACUCAAGCUGAAGUGCUUAAGAAGCAUAUGGAAGAUCUUCACUCAGCUGAGAAAGAGAAAGAGAAAGACUCUCUACUUCUGUUAGCUAAUGCUCCCUUUUUCCAGAGAGUGACUAUGUCUCAAGAGGUGACAGAAUUUUUCAAGGGAUGA